CAUAGGAGGGUCAAUAAAAGAAUAAAGUCACUGGUUAGUGAUUCGAGUACAAGGAACUUGAUCCUAGUUCAUAUCUGAGUGUCCAUAUGCUGCUCACCGUCGGAGGGGGAGUGUUGGGCCCGCGGCUGCUCGCACUGCCUGGAGAUGGCUUCCGGAAGACUCAUCAAGCUCCUGGUGUUCGAGCUUCUUGAGUUUGCUGCUUUCUCCAUCCCCACGCUCGUGAUUGUGGAACAGUUCGCCACUGCCUAUCAAUGGUCAAGGGAUAAAAGAGAAAAAACUCAUUAUUGGCUGAUCGUUUCCUGUUCAAUUGCCUAUGUGGCUUCAGUGAGUCUACUGAUCUGGGUUCCCAUAAAAGUUCUCUUAUACAAGAAACAUCAUCUUUCAAAAAAAAUUAAAGGAUGGAGACCUGUUAUGAUGAUGUGUGUAGUGCUCACCACACUCCCCAGUUUCAGCUUUUCAAUAGCAGUGACUGAGGUUCAAAAGAAUGCUAAUGGUACUGCUAAUAGCUUGCCGGACACCUUGCCUGACCUACCAGUCUCUCUGGUUCUGACUUCCUUGAUCGUGGUUGACAUCAUUGAAAAACUCAGGAUAUACCCUCUUAGAGGGAGGCAAAAAAGUAAUGAAGAUACGCACAUCCGUGCCACCACGUUGCAACGCAUAAGAACCGUGACGGAUCAAGUGAGGCCAAAUGAAGGAAACCCUGCGACUCCCCAGCCAGCCCCGAGGACCAAGGCCCCGGCCCUGGCCCUGGCCCCGGCCCCGGCAGCCACAGCGCAGAGCCCGGCCCCUGCAGAGGCCGGAGCCCAGGAGCUCGACUUCCAGUCCCCAGUCCUGAGAGCCAUGUCCCGGCGGGACGCUCGCGCGGAGAUUUUCCUGUGGAGCUUUGUGCUCUGGUCUGACACCAUCGAGAUGGUGCGUGUGGCCGGCCACCAAGCGGUGUACAAGUCAGCCUGGCUCUACCCGGUCUAUCUGUUCAGUUUCAUCUCGCUCCUUCGCAUUAUAUUCACGCCCCAGAACCCCCUGCUGAAUUCCCUGGGCGUCCUGCUCCAGGAUUUACCCUUCAUUUUUGUCAGACUUGGCUUAAUCAUCGACCUGGGGACUAUCACACCCGUGCUGGGCCUCUGUAAGAAUGUGCUGGUGACUCUCUCUUACGGUUACUUCAAUUACUUAACCAAAUUCAGGAUUUUCUCCUCCUUUGAAUUGUCUUCAUUUUAAAAAGAAAUUGUAAUAUAGUUAAGCCUCUUUAUUAUGCAUGUGGACACAUGUGUAAUCUUAUUCUUUUCUGGGGUAUAUGUUUUUGCACUAUAUAAAGAAAUGAAACUAGAUC